GAGUUACAGGCAGGUGCGACUCACAGUGCGACACCCAUCCAAUCGGGGGCUUUCUGUCAAACCGGUUCAAAGGUCGAGGUCCUAGAUUCUAUCUUCUGGCUUGAGCAAGUUUUGAGGUUAGUGUGAAACCUCCAUUGCGAACACACCGAUUGUUGGCCAUGCACGACCACAGUGUUGAUUCCUCGCAGGCCUCACCUCACUUAUUCACAUUCGAGGGCCAUCAUCAACAGCUACAAUUGGGCUGUUUUGGUUUGAACUGAUCUAGGUGCUUCACAAUCUUUCCAUCCAAAUUGCGGACCUUGGUGCCUGCUGCAACUUCUCUUUUACUUGCUGGCACCAGGUGAUGCAGAAGUCGCAUGCAUCUGCUGCCGUGGUUACCAACCCUUUUGUUCUGUUUAACAGAGUCAAGUCGUACUGCACGACACAACAAACGGCAAUUGCAAGGACACCCUUCUUGCUUUGCCGCCGUCUCUUAUAUUGAUCUGUCAAGUCGUCUCCCAGCAACUUCACGCCCCGCAGAACCAUGGAGGAAGACGCUGCAUUCCUGCGCAACCUGAAAUCCUUGUCCGGCGACCAGAGCGCGGCUUGGGAUGGCUUCGAUCCCUCUGCCUGGCGUUCCGUUCCAGCCGAAGAUGAGGGUGCCAAAGCUGCCCGGUCGGCAACCGAGCACUCCAGCGAGACGGUGCUCUCUGACGACACCGGUUAUGCCUCGUACGAUUCGGCUGAGCUGAUCCUCAACUUCCACAAACUCACUCCUGAAGAGCGGGGCCUGAAUACUCAUCAGUACAAGCUCAACAAAGCCCGACAGUAUGUCACUGAGGAACCGGCAAACCCAAAGGUGCUGGAAAAGCUGGAGAAGACCGAAUGGGAGGAGACGGGCUUGGCCUUGGGAGAUGUCUCUCCCGAGGGCCAGACGUUUGUGCCAUGGCGGCUCGUCACCAGCUACCCGGACAUGUUUAUCGGGAAGACCAACAGGGUUCGUGCUGCUCCGCUGUUCAGCUACGAAGCGCUUCACAAGAACCGAGUCUGGGAUCUCUACUACAUCAACUGCCCGCUGGAGACCGGCAUGCGGCCUGUGGUGUUUGUGCCAACAUACCAAUUCGCGCACCUCUUGGCCGUGAUCAACGCCAAGCUGGGCAUCCGGCUGACCAUCCCUCCCGGAAAGAACGAGGAGAGAUUCAUGUUGUCAUUCGGUGUCGGAAACACUCCCAGGCCACGCUUUCUGGGUCGCUCAACCAGCGCUGGCUCGUUUAAGAACCUGCGUGACGCCAUCCCGGCACCUCAUCCGGACGACGAUCUGGCCAAAGCGACGCCGCUGGGCGAUGAUGAAUUUAGGCGUCUUCUUGGGUUGACUCGUGCCGAUAGGAAGAGUCGUAAGAGGUCCGAUAGGAACCGCCUGAAGCGCAUCAGGGAGCACAAAACUUGGGGCCGGUGCAUCAAGCGAGUCCAGCGCUACCUUGGUCUCCGGCGCAAGGUGGGCGCUGAGAUGCCCAGUGUGGCUGGUCAGCUCGCUACGCUUGACCUCAGCCAGCCUACGAGUCAAAGCCCGGAAGGAUCGGUAUUGUUCGUGGCGAUCGACAUCGAGGCUUGGGAACGCGACCAGAGCACGGUAACCGAGGUUGGCAUCGCCACGCUGGACACGACAGAGAUCCAGCACAUUCCACCUGGCGACGGCGGCCGCCAGUGGUUCUCGCACAUCCGUGCUCGGCACAUCCGCAUCAGGGAGAACUCGUGGGCUGUGAACGGGCGCUGGGUCGCCAAUCGCGCUGAGUGGUUUGGCUUCGGGAAGAGCGAAUUUGUGAACCAGUCAUUCGUCGAACCGCUCAUAAGAGGCCUGAUUGACGGGGCCACCUUCGUCGACCCCAUCGACGGCGCCACUAAGCCUCGCCCCGUAGUUCUCGUCUUCCACGAGGCCUCCUCCGAUAUCAAGUACCUGAAGCUCGUGGGCUAUCACGUCGGGGACGCCAAGAACGUCCUCGAGGUCGUCGACACGUGCAAGAUGCACCAGUACCUGAUACAGAGCAAUAACCAGAGCAGCCUUGGCGCCGUCCUCACCUAUCUCGACAUACCCCACCGGCACCUGCACAACGCCGGCAACGAUGCCGUCUACACGCUGCAGGCUAUGAUCGGACUGGCUGUCAAGAAACGCCAGAUGAGCCUCGAGAAGACUCCCAGGAAGAAGGCAGGACACGUCCCGUUUGCCGAGUUCAAGCCGGAUGACAAGGAAGGGUGGACUAGCGGCAGCGAUACUGACGGCGGCGAUCCGGUCGGCUUGCCAGACGUCGAGACAGGAUGGGAGGCUACCCGUGGUGAUGGCUGGGAGGUUACCAGCGGUGGUGACUGGGAGGCGACCAGCGGUGAUGGUGGCUGGUGAUGCCGCCGUCAGACGAAGCGCCGAAAUAUCCCCCAUGGAUGUGCACGCGGUGUCAUGCGGUGUGUUCCUGAGAAGGGUGGGAGGAAGAUGGGCCACAAGGGUGGAUGCAUAGCUUCUUAGCCGAUUGUCUCCAGGACGGUGGCUCUAGGUUGUGGGGAAUCUGCAGUUUCCAGGCGAACUGAUUUU